ACGGACGUAAUUUGCUCGACAUUGUUGUUCGGUUACUGAAAAUAAAAAGAUAAUUUUGAAGAGAGAGAUAUAGUGAUCGUUUUUCGUAAUUUAUUAUUUUUGCUGGUUUUUGCUGAUUUGAAUUUCUGUAAUGAGCAAUUGUAAUCCAACCGAUCAGAAUAAAGGAAAAAUUAUCACGCUCCUUGAAAAAACAAGAAAUUUUAGAUGGCAGUGGAUUGAACAAUUGGGUCCCACAAUUUCAGAAAUUUUCGCUCAUUAUUCACGUCUCUUGAAUUAUGACGGAAAAAUGUUUGAACGGGAGUUUGAUUCUCUAUAUCCUAACUUAGCAGACAACUUCUUAGAAAAGUUUCCUACGUUUUAUGCUCCCCAUAUUUAUCAUAAUGUUAAAGAAUGUAAACCAGCUUCGUACACGGAAUCGACUAUUAUCACAGAUGGAAUAGUAGCUUCUGGUUCAGAAACAACAUUCGGAGUAUGUUCAAUCACAAAGAGUCCUGAUUCCAGCGGUAGAACUGAAAUGGUUGGAGUUUCCCGAUUAGAGAGGACAGAGGCUUCCGGGAUCGGUUAUAAGGAUAGAGUAGCUGUAGGUUGGUUGGAGUCAAUCGUAACUGCUAAAUCAGGCGUCGGAACAUUCACAGCAAAAUUGUCCUAUAUUUAAAUCUUGAAUCAGAUUUCCAUGAAUAUCAAAUGUCAAUCCCAAUAGGAAGUCAACGUUAUUAUGUUCAAUAAUUUUAUUAUCUUUUGGCACAUC